CAUUUUUCGUAUUUAUAUUUUAUUUAAAUUGCUUAGUAAACAUAUUAAAUAAAAUAUAAUUAAUUUAUUCUCGUAAUGAUUUUAAAGUGCACAAUUAUUUACGUAUAUUAGCAUAUACAUGAAUUAUUUUAUUAAUAAAGUAAGGUUAAAUUUAAGUAUAAAUACAAAGGAUAAUAGAACAUACUAAAAUAUUGAUAUAUAGCAACAUAAAUACAAUAUUCAGUUUGCAAUAAAAAUUUCACAUAUAAUUUAAUACACAAGUAAUUUUUUAAUGCACUCUUCAUGCAUGAUUAUUUUUAAUUGUAAUAAAUUAAAUGUGUGCACUAUUUAGUGUAUUUCAUGCAUUAAAAAAUAAAUGAUCAUAUACAAUUGAAAGAUUUAAAUAAUUAUCGAUUAAAGCAUACCUUAAUAAAUUGACAAAGUGCCAAAAAUUUGUUAAUAAAACUAAAUUAUUUCCGUGAUUCAAUUUGACAUAAUAGACAAUGUGUGAGUGUGAACAUAUCUUUGUAACGUAAUGUAUAACUUUAAGACGCUCAUGCAGAGGGCAAUACCAGAGGGGAACAAGAAGAAAAUCUUGGUUACGCAAGCGAAAUGUCUUCUACAACAGAAAAAAGACCAGCUUCUCCAGGAUUAGUUCAACCAUUGGCCAAACAUCGAAAGCUUGAUCAAAGAUUUGUUUCUUCUGAAGAAAAUAAUUACAAUGAUAACUCUUACCAUGACGAUAAAUCAAGGAGCAACAACUUAAGCAGUAAUAAUGUUGAUUUUAAAAAGAACCAAGAAGAGAAACAAGUAAUCAAUGAUAGAAGAGAUCUGAAUUUUUCUGAUAAUCAAGAAAUUAGUACAGAAAAUAUAAGACUAAGCAAAUUAAAUGCCAAUACCAAUAUUAAAAAGUAUCAAAUAGACUACAAAAAAAAUUUACAAAAUAUUAGACUGAAGGAGCUCAGAGUUAUAUUAGAAGAUGUAAGAUAUAUGGAUAUAAAACGUGAAAAUAAAAAGAGAAUGAAAAAUUUACUAAUGGAGACUACUCUUUGGGAAGUAGAAAAGAUUCUUGCAAAGAAAGAAUUAAAAGGAGUCCCAACUUAUUUAAUCAAAUGGAAGAACUGGAAUUCACAGUAUAAUACAUGGGAACCAGCGUCGAAUUUAGUAAACUGCCCGGAUGUUCUAGAAGAAUUUGAGAAGAGUAGAUUACAAUUGAUCGAUCGUUUCAAGAAGAAAACAAAUUUUUAUCCGAACGAUAGGGAUAUUGGAGAAUUUUUAAAUUAUCUUAAGUGUAGAGGAGAAAUGAUAACAUCAAUUUCGGUAGAACAAAAUACAAUAUACAUUAAUAUAACCAAAUAUUUACAUCAAAAGUAUGUCAAAAGUAGUAAAUUGGAGAAAGUUAUAAAACAUGAUAUUCUCCGUAUGUUAGUCAUUGAUUUAAGGAAAAAACAGUUAGAAUCUUUAGAAGAGUGGGAAAAUGAAAUGAAUACUAUCACUAAAGGUAAACCAUUAAUACGGGUGGAGAAUGUAAUAGACUUGGAAACAGCACCUCGAGACUUCUAUUAUAUAGAAGAUUAUCUACCUGGUAAUGGAGUCAUAAUACCUGAUGAUCCACCCAUUGGUUGUGAAUGCAAGUCUUGUAAUUCUAAGACAAACUGUUGCUUUGCCCAGGAUAACGGACUAUGUCCGUACACCCCGUCAUGUAAGAUUCGAGUUCCACCUGGAACACCGAUAUACGAAUGUAACAAACGAUGCAACUGCGACAUGAAUUGCUUCAAUCGAGUAGUUCAACGUGGCAGCAAGAUGAAGUUUUGCAUUUUUAGAACUGCCAAUGGACGGGGUUGGGGUGUGAAAACAUUACAAGCGAUUAAAAAAGGUUCUUUUGUCACACAAUAUGUAGGCGAAGUCAUAACAAAUGAGGAGGCCGAAAAGCGUGGCAAAGAAUACGAUGCCGCUGGUAGAACAUACUUAUUUGAUCUUGACUAUAAUGAGUCUGAAGAAGAAUGUCCAUAUACUGUAGAUGCUGCCGUAUAUGGUAACGUUUCGCAUUUCAUCAAUCAUUCUUGCGAUCCAAAUCUCGCUGUCUAUGGUGUUUGGAUCAAUUGCCUUGAUCCGAAUCUUCCUAAGCUUGCAUUGUUUGCAUUGAGAGAUAUUAAACAAAACGAGGAAAUUACCUUCGAUUACAUGUGUCAAUCAUCAAAGAAUAGUGAAAAUUCUAUAAAGCAAAAUAUGUCGAUGAAAGAGAAUUUAAAUAUAUGUAUGAACACGGAAUUUCAAGAGGAGUUAGAGCUACGUCCAGAGACACCAGAAUCAGACUUGUCGAAUAUUAGAACCUUAUGCAAAUGUGGCGCUCAAAGUUGUAGACGAUACUUGUUUUAAAUAAUUGUUUACAAAUUUAUUAUACUAAUAGCUUUAUAAACGUGUAGUUUUUAUCAAUUUGAUAAUCGUGUGAGACACUAAAUAGAUUAAACACUAUGUUACUAGAAUCAAAUUGAAUUUCGGCUAUUUCUCUAUUCAUUUAAUUACUAAACAAUAGAUUAUAUACUUACUUAGAAAAUAGUUAAAAUACUUAGGAAACGUUUGAUAAAGUUUUUACAAUUUUAUAUAUAUUUGUUAGAAAUAAUUAUAGUUGAAUUGUAUUACAUGUUACAGUUAAUAUCUUUCUCUUUACUGUCACAAAUCAUUCAAAAUGACGAAACGGAAGUGACAAAUUUUAUUGUUUUCGAUUAUUUAUAUGAACGUUAUCAUAAACUUAACACCACAAUAUGUAAUUCAUUAUAUCACAUAAUAUAAAAUGUUUAUGAUUAAAUGCUCGUAAUUUUAAUAUAAAUAAUCAUUAGAAACCUCUAUAUAUAAUAAUAUUCACAUAGAAAAAAUCGUUUCAUGUUAAGAAUGUUAUGUAGCAUAGUUUAAAAAUAAAAAGUUAUUUUUGGUAAACAAAUGAAAUGUUACCAGUAAGAGUAACUUGAAGUGGUAUAAUAAUAAAAUAAAUUACAUUAGACACAUAGACAUUUAGUCAUAGGGUUGCAAAUCAUUAAUACCAAUAACUUAACAUUUAUUUUUCAUGUAUGAUCUAUUGUAUGUGUACAGAAUACAUACAAUAUAUUUUCAUUUGAUGUUUCUAUGAAACUAUAUUAUUAUAUUAAAAUCAUUUUGCUAAAAAUGCACCAUUUAAGUUGAGAUCAUAAAAAAUAUUUGUAGUAAAAAUAAACUUUCAAUGUGUAAAUUAUUGUAAUACAAUUUCAUGUAUGUCAAGUUCUUAUAAUAAUUUUAAAUUCUAAUUAAUAAUAAUAUAAUAACAUUCCCACGUAUACAAACAUUGAUUGUUAGAUAUAUUAACAAUUAAAAUAAUUUAUAUAAUUAAAAAAAAUGAAAUGAAAAAUUAAAUAAAAACCUCUUUUUCGUCAUAAAAGAAUAAUUUUAUCGAAUUUUGAAAUUAUUAUAAGACUAUUGACUUUUGUUUAAUUGUCGUACUAAUAUUUUGAAUUCUUAUAAAAUAAAUAUUCUCGCAACAAUUUUAAAAUUAUUUAAAAAUUUAUAUAGAAAAAAUGUUUUGUUGAAUGUAAACAAAUAAAUUCAUAUUAUUAUAUUAGUAAUUUAUCUGUUUUUAUAUCCUAUGAUAUAUUAAUCUUAAUUUUAUCUAUUCAUUAAUCAGAACAAAAUUCAUAGGAAUAUAGAAUUAAAACAAAUCUAUUUAAAUAAAAUAAUAUCAUGAAUAUUUUUAAUUGGCUCAUUUCAGGAUACGCGAAUGCAAAGAUUUAUAAAU